GCCAAUCAAGCUGUGCAACAAAACUCUGUACCCGUCGAGAUUAGGGGCUGGCAAGGUGGAUCUCGUGAUGAUCUCGUUUCAUUUAUUUCUAGAAAGACUAGGAUCCCAUUGAUGAAUGCUGUUGUGGAAGGUGAUGCCAUCAAAGGCUUCGUGAAGGAUAACAGAACCGCUGAGGAGUUGAAGAAAUGGAGUGGUGUUAGAUUUGCCGGUAAUGCUUUGAAGAUUGAAUUACCAGGAGCUGCUCAAUCUGGAAAUGCGUUGGAUUUCUUGAAAAGUUUCCUUUAUAGACGUUACAACGCCCAAGCUAAACUAUUGGAUUUAACAAACAUUGCAAGUGAUCAAGAUCUUCAAAGAAAUGGUGCAUUCAGCUCAAUCUCGGUGCAAUCCAAGAUGUUUCCUGCAUUAAUGAAACUAGCAUCUUUGGAGAAGUUUGAUGUGGAAAGUGUCAAUUUAUCCGAAAAUAACCUGGAGGAUCUAUCAGGUGUAACAACAUUGGCUCAAACGUUUCCAACAUUGAAAAAUUUAGCAUUAACAAACAACAAGAUAUCAAAACUGAGAUCAUUCGAAAUCUGGAAAAACAAAUUCAGACACCUUAGAGAAUUAAUUGUUGCUAAUAAUCCGGUGACAACAGAUCCACAAUAUAAAGAUGAAAUUUCCAAAAUCUUUCCAAGAUUAGCAAUAUUAGAUGGUGUUGUAAUUCGUGAUGAAAACAAAUUAUCAUCCAUAUAUCAAUUUCCAGUCUUGAAAAAACAAUUCUUUUUCGAAGAUCAAGAGAUUCAAACACUUUCCACACAAUUUAUUUCAAAUUUCCUAUCAUUUUGGGAUUCCGAUAGAUCUCAAUUAUUAUCAUUAUACUCACCUCAAUCACAAUUUUCAUUAUCAGUCGACUCAAGUGUCCCAAAUGAUUCGCCAGCUGCUCAAGUCUCAUUUGGUUUUUACAUUCCAAUUUCACGUAACUUGUCUCGUGUUUCAAGUGAACGUACUCGUCAACAAAGGUUAGGGACCGGUGCUGAACAAAUUUCCAAAAUCUUCAACAACAUUCCAAAAACUAAACAUACAUUACAAGAAACACCAGAACGUUAUUCAAUGGAAUCAUGGAGGUUCCCACAAGUGAAUGGGUUCAUAAUUACAUUGCAUGGUGAAUUUGAAGAAGUUGGUCAACCAAUACAAGAUGCAAACAAUAUCAAUAACCCCAGAGGCUCAAGACGUGGUGCAAUUGGUGGUCCAUCAAAUAAAUUGACAAAGAAAAGUUUUGAUAGAGAGUUUGUUGUUGUUCCAGGUAAUGGAUCCAUGAUUAUCGCUUCUGAUUUACUAAGCAUAAGACCAUUUGCCAACCAUAAUGCAUUUGUUGAAGAUAGCAUACCACAAUCACAAGUUCCACCAAGCACUGCACCAGCUUCAGCUACACCACAACCACAGCAACCUGGUUCUACUGGUUCUUCAGUCCCACCUUCAAGUCAAGGUGCUCCUGCCGGUCCUGAAGCACAAUUGGCCAAUUUACAACCACAACAACAAGAAUUCAUAAGUCGGUUGAACCAAGAGACAAAAUUGAACUUACAAUUCAGUAUAUUAUUGGCUGAACAAAGCUCUUGGAAUUAUGACUUGGCUAUCCAAGGGUUUAAAGCAUCUCAUGCACAAGGACAAAUUCCUAAUGAAGCAUUCAUGUGA